AUAAAUUUUGUGCCGUAAUUUAAGUGCCUUGUUUUUUUAUACAAAAGAAAUAAAAAAAUUUAUUAAAUAAAAUUUUAUAAAGAAAAUAAAAUUUUUUAAUUUAGAUACAAAAAAUUUUUUUGCUUUAAUCCUGAUUCUGAAAAAUUUUGUGGUGAAAAGUGGUGAACUUUUUAUUUCUUUAGAAUUUUUUGUUCUUAAGUGUUUUUUUGUACAAUUUUUAUAAAGUUUAGUUUUACACAUAGAUUUUUACGUAUUACAAAUAUAUAUAUACAAAUUUACGGUCAUAUACACAUAUACCAUCAUAUAAGUACCAUAAGAAUAUUAUAAACAUCACGUACAUAAGUAAAUGUGCUAUUGGAUUAACCUGUUGCUAUAUUGUUAUAUAUAUAACAAAAAAAGUAUUUUAAAUUGCUGCCAUAUUUAAAAAUAUAUGUAUUUAUACUUAAAUAAAUUUGAUGUACAAAAUAUACAUACAUUUAUACAUACUAUAUUCAAAAAAAAAAAAAGAGUAAGGAAUAAAAGAAUCUUUGGGAAUUAAAAAAAAAGGAAUCAAGAUUUUUUUUUAUUUUUGCAUUUUUUCCUUUUAUGUUGUUAAUAAAAAACUAGUUUUGAACUCAAAAAGAAAAAAAUAUAAAGGAAGAACAAUAAGAACAAUUAAAACGAAAAAUAAAAAAUCUUAACAUACGACAUUUGAGUCUUGCAUUGCUUUGCAAACAAAAAGAAAAAAAUAAAAGUAAAAUUUGCGGCAAUGGCAAUAUUUUAGAAAAUUCUAAUUUAAAUUUUAAGAAAUUGAAAAAUUUUCAAAAAAAAAUAUUAUUGAUCCUUUGUGAAGUGAAAUUUGAAAAAAAAAUUUAAUUUUAAAUUUACGAUAUUAAAAAAAUUGUCCAAUUUGUUUUUUAAUAUUUUGGGUUUCAUUAAUUUGUGUUACCAGUUUCGGAAUUGAUUUUUUCAAAUCAAAAUAAAUGGCAUGUACCCUUGAACCGAGACACCUGCUAAAUAUAAUGUAAAAAAAAAGAUGAAAACAUGUGCAUGUAUUUGUACAACGAUUAUUGUGUCAUAUCGUAAUUAUUUUUCGACUUAAUAUCGUAUUUCGGGUUUCGGUUGCAAUCGAAACUAUUGUUAUACAAAAUGCAUUUUUUUACUCUAAAUAAACACACCCUUGUAUAAAUUAAAUUAAAAAUUUUAAUAAAUGAGAAAAAAACACAAAUUUACAUUUAGAUAAGCAUUUAUUUACUAUUAUCGUUAAUAAAAAAAUAAUAAAAUUUUUUAUUAUAAAUAAAUUUUAUAAAUUUUUUGUUAAACUUAAUUAUUAUAUAAUAAUAUUUAUAAGAAAAAAGACUAUGGAUAUUGUUGGAUCGCCAUCUUCAAAUUCGAUAGCAUUACCUAAUAAUCAUUUUCGAAAUGAUUCCCAGGGUGAUAGAACAACAUGGGAAUAUCAUACGGUUUCAGUCACACGAGUACCCGGCUAUGGUUUUGGUAUAGCUGUAUCUGGUGGGCGAGAUAAUCCACAUUUUGCUAAUGGUGAUCCAUCAAUUGCAGUUAGUGAUGUAUUAAAAGGUGGACCAGCUGAGGAUCGAUUACAAGUUAACGAUCGAAUAAUUUCUGUUAAUGGCGUAAGCUUAGAAAAUGUUGAAUAUGCAACAGCUGUUCAAGUAUUAAGAGAUAGUGGAAAUACAGUAACCCUUGUAGUUAAACGGCGUGUUCCAAUAAAUACAUCGCAUCAACAUACACACAGCAUGAGCUCUGUUGGUUUAACAAGUGGUAGUGGUAUGGGGGCUGGUAAUUUGGCAAGUCCAGUACAAAGCUCUCCUCCACUAUUACCAAAUGUUACACCGGGACAACCAAUAAAAGUAGUUUUAACAAAAGCUAGUAAAAAGGAAGAUUUUGGUAUUGUAUUAGGAUGCCGACUUUUUAUAAAGGAAAUCUCAUCUAAAGCUCGUGAUCAAUUAAUUGCAAAUGGUUACUCAUUACAAGAAGGUGAUGUGGUAACUCGUAUUCACAAUACGAACUGUAAUGAUUCUAUGAGCAUGAAAGAAGCUAAAAAGAUCAUUGAUGGCUGUAAGGAACGCCUAAAUUUAGUUGUAUUACGAGAUAUAACAAAUCAAGCAUCUAUUUUAAAUUCUAAUAAUAAUAUAAAUAAUAAUUUAAAUAAUUCCGGUGUGCAAAAUUCAAAUUUGUAUUCUCAUGCUCAACAAAUAUCGAAUUGUAGUAAUAAUUUAGAUGAUCCAUAUUUAGGUGGAGCAAAUUAUUCGUCACAAAAUUUAUAUGUUCAGCCACCAACACGUGGUGCUGCUAGUAGUAUACCAUCCUCAUCAGGUUUAACUGGUGAUGAAAAAAGUAAUUUAACACCAAGAGGUCGUUCUCGAGGUCCAAUUAUGGACGUUUCACAGUUAUCGCAAUUAGACCGUCCAAGUACACCACCUGGAAGUGCAUCUAGACGUCAAAAUAUUGAUGAACCUCCGAGACCUCCACCACCGCGUGGAUCAAGUGGUGCCAUGACUGGAGCUGAAGAUUUUUAUAGUUCACGUCGUCAACUCUAUGAAGAAGAUCCAUUACAAAGAUCACGUCAAUCGGCCGAACCACGUUUUAUUUCUUUCCAAAAAGAAGGAAGUGUAGGAAUCCGAUUGACUGGCGGUAAUGAAGCUGGUAUAUUUGUUACAGCCGUUCAACCUGGAAGCCCAGCGUCAUUGCAAGGUUUAACUCCAGGUGAUAAAAUUCUUAAAGUUAACGACAUGGACAUGCAUGGUGUUACCCGGGAAGAGGCGGUAUUAUUUUUAUUAAGUCUUCAGGAUCGUAUUGAUUUAAUUGUUCAACAUUGUAAAGAUGAAUAUGACGAGGUUGUUGCUAAUCAACGUGGUGAUUCAUUCCAUAUAAAAACCCAUUUUCAUUGUGAGAAUCCUUCAAAAGGUGAAAUGGCAUUCAAAGCUGGUGAUGUUUUUCGUGUAAUUGAUACAUUGCACAAUGGUGUUGUUGGAUCAUGGCAAGUUUUAAAAAUUGGACGGGGUCAUCAAGAAAUGCAACGUGGUGUUAUACCAAAUAAAUCACGUGCUGAAGAAUUAGCAACAGCUCAAUUUAAUGCAACUAAAAAGGAAAUGAAUGCUUCCGAAUCACGUGGUAAUUUCUUUAGAAGAAGACGUUCUUCACAUCGACGAUCAAAAAGUCUAUCACGUGAAAAUUGGGAUGAUGUUGUAUUCUCAGAUGCAAUAUCGAAAUUCCCAGCAUAUGAGCGUGUGGUUUUACGCCACCCUGGAUUCGUAAGGCCGGUUGUUUUAUUCGGUCCAGUAUCAGAUAUUGCUCGAGAAAAAUUAACCAAAGAUUUUCCGGAUAAAUUUACGGCACCAUUACAAGAUGAUGAUAAAACAAAUGCUAAAUGUCGAAUCGUACGUUUAUCAAAUAUACGUGAUAUUAUGGACCGUGGUAAACAUGCUCUGCUGGAUAUAACACCAAAUGCAGUUGAUCGUUUAAAUUACGCUCAAUUCUAUCCAAUUGUAUUAUUUUUGAAAGCCGAUACAAAACAUACAGUUAAACAAUUAAGACAGGGUAUACCGAAAUCGGCGCACAAAAGUUCAAAAAAAUUAUUAGAACAAUGUCAAAAAUUGGAAAAAGUCUGGUCACAUAUAUUCAGUACAACAAUAACAUUAACGGAUACAGAAUCAUGGUAUAGAAAAUUAAGAGAAUCAAUUGAUUUACAACAAAGCGGAGCAGUUUGGAUGUCUGAGAGCAAGCCUGUUGAAUCCUUAUCGGAUGAUUUCCUAUUCCCAAUGACCACAUCCCGUUUAUCAUAUGCAUCAAGCCCUGAAUCGGAUUUAGAAUUAAGUCCUGGGCCAUCAGCAUCAUUAUCCCUUGGAAAUUUACCGCAGUUGGUUAAAUCAAGUUCAGAUCCAUCAAUAGCAACUAAUCAAGAUAAUUUGGAUAGAGAUAGGGACAUAGGUGAAGGAUUACCACCUCCAUAUACGAAUCCAUAUGAUCAUACAAAUCCACCACAAAAUCGUCGUACAAGUGCUAUUGAUAAUAAAUUUGGUUUUGGAGCAACAAAUAGUGGUGGUUUAACAAAUUCAGUAAGUGGUAUACAAAAUUCAUCUUCAUUAAGUCCCGAAAUAUCAAAUCGACCACAAUCUUUAUAUGGUAUUAAUGCACCCGAUUUACCACCAAGAAUUGAUCGUGGUGUCAAGCCACCUGGUACUAGUAAUGGUACUACAACAUCAACAAAUGGUAUAUUAUCAUUAAAUAGUGGUACACCGUCAAGAACGAGUAGCUCUGGUGGCACUAUUGGUCGUACAGCACAAGAAAGAUUAUUUGGUAAUAAGCAGCCAAGUGGAACAACAUCAUCGACAACAACAACCGGUCAAAUAUCAUCAAAUUUAGAUGAUAGUCAUCAAGAUGAAUAUAUCACAAGAAAUAAUACUGAUUCAAUUGAAAGAACACAAAAUUCUCUUGAACGUCAUCGUAUCAUGGAUCCAUCUGGUAUCAGAAACGUAAAACAACAACAAUUAGUUGCACAGAAUGGUUCAUAUGAUAGCGUAUCUAGUUAUGAUUCAUAUAAUACAACACAAUUAUCAAUGCAAAAUUUACGUUUAGGACCAAAUGCACCGGAUGAUCUUAAGUCAGUACCAACUACAAAUCGGCCACCACCACCUGUUGGUCCAAAUGGAACAGAAUAUUCAAGAGGUUUACACAAUCAUUCAAGAAGUUUUGGUAAUGCUAAUGAUUUAAAUCGCCAAAAUAGUCCUGGUCGACCGGGUUAUCACGAAGUUGGUUCACCAAGAAAUAUUGAUGCAAGAAAUUCUCAAUCUGGUAUAAAUCAUCCUCAAAGACCAUCAAAUUUAAUACUUGAUAAUAGUCCAAGAAAACCGAUUUUGGAAACAAAAACAGAUUAUGGAAAAUAUAGUCGUAAUAAUUCUGCAUCACAAGCUGAUUAUGCUAGUAAAAUAGGAAAAGGAUCAGCUAUGAAUGGUAAUGGAGGUCAACAACAACAGCAACAUCAACAACAACAACAGCAGCAACAACAAAUGUCAUCUCAAUCAUUAAAUGGUAAUGGCAUUAACAAUAUUAUGGGUAAUACACCAUUUAAACCCGUUCCACCACCGAAACCUAAAAAUUAUCGUCCACCAAUACAACAAAGUGGUAGUAAUGGACAAAUGACAAAUUCUGGACAUUGGGAUAAUGGAGAACCUGGAUCACCAAGAUCUCCAAAUGGAUUUUUUUAUCCACCGACACCAUCUCAUUAUCAUCAUAAUCAAGCGUCUGGCUCACCACAUCAUUCAAAUGGGAACGGCACAACACAGCAAGCAAUACAUGCAUAUGGCCAUUACAAUGCUGGACAACAACAACAACAACAGCAGCAGCAACAGCAAGCAUACCAACAAACAAAUGGUUACAACAGUGGUUAUGGUGGUCAAUAUUCACAUCGUGGCCCACCACCUCCACCUAUUGGUAUUAUGCCACAUCUUACACCUGAAAGACAUGCAUUAGAUUUAGCUGGUAGUAGAGAACAAAGGGGCUCUGCAUUCGAAUUAUACCGAAAACCUCAAAUCGGGGCAGCUGGGCACCAUCAUAACAUGAGCGAUCUGGAGCCUUACGAUCAACGGUAUUAUUAUGAAAAUAACCAACAAAUGCAUCAUCAACAAUCAUCAUCAUCAGGCAGUUCACAUCAAAUGAUAUACUCAAAUGAAAUGAACGAUCCAAAUUAUCGACAUUUUUAUGCAAAUAAUUCCAAUGGAACUCCACCGCCUUUACCACCUCCUUUACCACCACCGAAAACAAAAAAGAAAUCAGUAUUAAAAUCACCAUUAGCGGCGUUGAAAAAUGCUUUUAUUAAAUCUACAAAACCUCUAAGACGUAUGAAUAGUAUGGUAGAACCUGAACGUGUAGCAAUAAAACCAUGUAUUAGAAGACAAUAUUCAAUGAAUGAACGUAAUAUGAAUCGGGUUCACUAUCCAGAAGAUGGUUAUCCUCCAUAUGCUACACAACCUUUACCAAGACAGCAUCUUCAUCAGUUACAACAACAACAGCAGCAGCAGCAGCAACAAUCACUUCCGUAUCCUACUUCAUCAGUGCAACAACAUUAUAAUGCAGCAAUGAAACAAUAUCAUGAACCAUAUUAUCCAAAUGAUGGCAUGCUUAAUAGUACUUAUCAAAAUUUAGAAUCUGAAGAUAUUUACACAAAUUCAAUGCGUCGAUUACGUGAACGACAGCAAAUGCAACAACAACAAGAAUUAGAUGAUUUAUAUGCAAAUCGUGCUUUAAUUGAUUUAGAACGUCGUCAAGCUGAUUCUGGUAGAUAUAGUAGUAGUGGACGGCGUAUAAUUCGAAGACAUAGUACAGCUGAUCGAACUGGUUCACAAAGACCGGUUAUAAUGCAAAGAGUUACUUAUGAUCCAGAUGACAUAUAUCAAAGUCGACAUGGAGCAUAUAUGCUACAAGAAAGACGAGCACCUGGUUCAGAAGUUAUGGUACGUCGACGAUUUUAUUCUUCAGAUCAUUCUGAUGAGCCAACUUAUCAAUCACGUCGUGAAAUGCAUCGUUCUCAUUUGUAUCAAUCUAAAAAAGAAAUGCAAGAAAGAAUUGCACAAGGUAAACGAGAAAUUGAACGUGAAUUUAGUCCGCCACAAAGUAGUAGUCAAUCUGAAAAAGAUGAUAAAUCGGAUCGUGAAUCUAUGUAUCAGUCAAGAAAGGAGGUUCGAGAAAGUCUUAAAUCUCGAUCCCAAUUACGUGAACAAAUUUAUCAAACACGACGAGAUACAUUAGAAUCAAUGGCUGAGCCCACAUAUGUAUCAAAACGCGAUAUUGUUAAGCAUGAACCAAUAUAUGAAACCAAAGAAGAAAAUACAUCUAAAGAAAAUAUUACAGAUGAACGUAAAACAGAAGAGAAAGUUGAAACUGAGAAUGAAAAUUGUAAUUCCGAUGAAACUACACAUUCCGAUUUGCAAAGAUCAAAUGAUACAGUCGUUGAAAAUACAAUAACACAAGAAAAUAAUAAUUCUUUAACUACAAAAGCACCGUUAGCAUUUACCGAAGAUGACCCAGAAGACGAUUUAGAAGAUAUAAAUGAUAAAAUAAAAAAAUUAGAUCUCGAUUUACAAUCAGUUAAAAGUAAUAGUAAUAACAAUAGUAGUAACAAUACACCUCGCGAUGAAAAUAAAAAACAGUCAACACCAUUAACACCGUCACGUGACGGACGCCCACCAUUUCAUAUAUCAAAUAUUUUAAAACGAACUGCUCCACCACCAACUCUUCCUCCAAUACAAUCAGCUAAUGAUCCAACAUGUGAUCUUUCAAUUAGUAGAACAUCAAUCGAAACCCAUUAUACUUCGCAGGCAAGUUUACCAGUUGGUCCCCCAAAUGCAACAAGUACACCAUAUGCCAGUGAUAUGUCACUACCUAUAGCCGGUCCAGUUCCUAUACCAUCAACAAAUGUAAAACUUCAGCAACCGCUACAACAACAAAAACAAUCGCAACAACAACAACAUACGGCGAAUACAUCUAUAUCGUUGUCGCCAGCAGCUUCUUCAUCAUCACCAAUUAAACCAAAUAUAAUAGGAGCAACUGGUACUACUUUUCCAAUUAUACCACGUGAACCAUCAACAACUCAUGGUGUAUUCGAUGAAAAUGGCGGCACCUUAUGUGAUAACGUUUGGAAUGUAUCUUUAAUUAUACCAUCUGGAGCAAUUGCUCCUGGCGUUAAACAAGAAGUAUAUUUUACAGUAACUGACCCAAGAAUGAGUCAAACAGUUGGUGGACCUCCAUUGGAUAUGGAAAAUGGUGAAACAAUGCUAUCACCAUUAGUAAUGUGCGGACCUCAAGGACUUGAAUUCAAUGUACCAGUAACAUUAAAUAUUCCACAUUGUGCUGGUCGUACAGCAUCAUUAGGUUUAGCACUUAAAGCAACUGAUAGUGAAAAAAAUCUUCAUACAGAAUGGGAUAAUAUUGAUUUACCAAGUAAUACAGCUGCACAUACGGUUUCUGUAAAAGUUGAUCAUUUCUAAAUUAAUUGAAAAAUUUUUUAUUGUAUUGACAAAAACACAAAAUUAAUUAAAAUAAAAUAUAAUGUAGGUAAAAAUAAAUAUUAAAAAAAAAUAAGUUAAAACUUAUUAUGAUUUAUAUAACAUAAACAUACAAAAAUAAUAAUGGAAAAUUAAAUGAAAAAUAAACUUUUUAUUAGGCAAAUUAAAAAAUAAAUAAAUAAUUUUUUAAAUUUGAUAUAAUUCAUUACAAAAAAAACAUUUAAAUCAAACAAAAAGGUUUUGAUAAGAAUAUUAUGUAAAUCUAAAAAAUAAAAUAUUGUAAAAGGAUUAAGUAAUUAUUUAAUUAAUUUUUUACAUAAAUAUUUAAUAUGUAUAUUUAUCAAAAAAAUAAUUAUUUUUUUUUUCUUCAUAAUUCAUUUCACUCCAAAAUUUAUAAAUAAUUUGAAUCUUAGAUUCUGAAAGAUUUACUCUAAAAUUUAAAUAAAACUUUUAUUUGCAAAUGAUUGAAUAAUUUCGGGCACUUUGAAUUAUGAUUUCGCGUACUCUGAAUUAUGAUUUUCAACUGAAAAAAAUCUGCCUUUUUACUACAUCUAAUUUUAAAAUAAUAAAAUAAUAUUAGCUAAUUUUACUUGUGUUAUUUCUUUUCAAUAAAUUGAAUUUUAAAAUAAUUGCCGUUUUUUCAAUAGAAUCGUACUUUGUAAUUAGAAAAAACUUUCAAAAAAUUUAAAAUCCCUGAACAAAUCGGUUUGCAUCAAGAAUCAACUUGAAGGCUUCUACAAACUUUUCUUAUUUAGCAACCAAAUUGUUAAAUAAAAAAAAUAAUGCUUAUUUUAAUUUAUUGUGCCCUUUGCUGAGUUUUUAUUUAUGGUUUUCCAAAAAUUAAUUCAGUUUUAUUAUAAAAGAAAUUUUUAAAAAUUUAAAAACCUUUUACAUUAUUUUAAUACCAUAAUUUUUUAAUAAUAUUGGUUUAAAAAAAAAAUAUGAUUGUAAUUAAAUAACAAAUUUUAUAAACUUUAAAAUAAAUUUAAAAUUUUUUUAGUCAUAAUAUUUACAAAAUAAAUACAAAAAUAAUGAAAUUGAUAAUAUAAAUAAUUUAAAGAUUGAAAUUUCAACAAAAUAUUUGUAAAAAAAUUUUGUUUUUCUUAUGUUAAAAACAAUUAUAAGGAAAUAAAAUAUAAAAUUCUAGUAUUUAUUAUUUUAUAAAUUUUACUAUCUACCUUAUUAUAUAAUUUUUUUUAAAUUUUAAGUUGAAAAUUGUAUUAAAAUGUUUUUAUUUUUAAGUUUUUAAUGGUAUUAUUAUUAUUUUUUUUUUAAAUUUCUUUUUAUAUUUUUGAUUUCCAUAUAAUUAAAUUAAUCAAAAUUAAAACAUCAAAUUAAAAUGGAAGGAAAAUACAUUUAUGUACCCUCAAGUUCUCGGUUAUUUUCUUUUAUCAUUAAUUUUGAUGUUUUGAUUUUUAUUUUCUGUAAAUAAAUCUUUUUAAAUUUAAAAUACCCAAUUAUUUUUUUUAACUUUUCAAUUUAUACAUAAAUAUUAUAAUAAUAUUGAUAUUAUGUAAAAGUAUACAUUAGUUCAUAUAUUAAUUAUAUAAAUGAAAUAAAAAAUCAAACAAACUAUACAUAUAUAUAAUUAUCUACA